AUGAGGGACGGCGCGCCGGCGCCGCCGGGAAUGGCGGCGGUGGUAGGCAGCGACGGGUUGCGCAAGGGGCCGUGGACGGCUGCGGAAGACGAGCUCUUGUGGCAGCACGUCAGACAGUACGGAGAGGGAAACUGGAACCUGGUGCAGCAGCACACGGGCUUGGCGCGCUGUGGCAAGAGCUGCCGGCUGCGGUGGGCGAACCAGCUGCGGCCGAACCUCAAAAAGGGCGGCAUCACAGCAGAGGAGGAGCGCACCAUUGUGCGCCUGCAGCAGCAGUACGGCAACAAGUGGGCACGCAUCGCCUCGCAUCUACCAGGGCGCACGGACAACGAGAUAAAAAACUUCUGGAACACAAGGCAGAAGCGCCGCAACAGAACCAGCAUCUUCUCUUCCGCUCUCGGCUCCUCAACCUCUCGCAACCUCGCCAUUGCUCCCAGGAUUCUGCCCUCGUCGUCCCCAGCUCCCCACCCUCAUGGGGUUCUGCCUUGCACUUCCUCUGCUCUCAGCUCGAGAACUCCUGAGCACUUGGCGCCACUGCCAGUGGCUGCUUCUACAAUGUUUCGCAACUGUUCAUGUCCUGGGUACUCAGCACAUCCCAUUGCCAUGCAACACUUAUGGUACCUUCCCACUUCAGCAGCAGCAGCAGCAGCAGCAGCAGCAGCAGCAGCAGCAGCACCGGCAGCAGCAGCAGCAGCGGCAGCAGCAGCAGCACCGGCAGCAGCAGCAGCAGCAGCAGCAGCAGCAGCAGCAGCAGCAGCAGCAGCAGCAGCAGCGGCAUUCAAGAGUGCUCCAGAGCAACCCAACCUUGACGACGGAAUGAUGGCCGUCGGUGGAUCCACCUACCCGCACCGGGGACCGCUUGUACGGGGUGAGUGGCAGCAGCUGCUGCUGGGGAACAGUAGUGAAGAGGAGAUGCAAGGGGUGGUCACAGGAGAGCAUGUAAGGAGGCAGUUGCUGGGAAAUGCGAGGGUAGGCGAGGCGGUGGUGGGGUGCGCAAUGGCAGUGGAUUUGAGAGACGCGCGUCUGCCAACGAGCCAGCGGCAGGUUGGGCAAAAGGUGCUCCAAGUUCCCUCGGGCAUUCCAUUGGAUGCUGCCAGAGAUGCUGGUGACGGUGCCGGUGCCGGUGCUGCUGGUGGUGGUGCUGCUGGUGGUGGUGCUGCUGGUGGUGGUGAGGGCGGAGAGGCAGGCAGAAGAGGAGGAAGACGAGGAAGAGGAGGAGGAGGAGGAGGAGGAGGAGGAGGAGGAGGAGGAGGAGGAGGAGGAGGAGGAGGAGGAGGAGGAGGAGGAGGAGGAGGAGGAGGAGGAGGAGGAGGAGGAGGAGGAGGGGCUUGUAAACCUGCUGUAGGAGCCUCAGCUGCUACGAUUGUGUGGGGCGUGCACUCGCCGCUUGCAUCGCUGCUGCAUUCACCUUCUCCCUCCUUCUCCGUACCGCAGCCGCCACAGCAGAUCCAGGAACAAUGGCGGCAGCAGCAGCAGCAGCAGCAGCAGCACCAGAGCCAUUGCCGUCAAUCGACUGAACUGGCCUGUGGGAGAAGCAGCAAGGGCGCGCCUGCACUGGUGUUCACCCCCCCCACUAGUUUGGAUGCGAGGAGCACACCUGCAGAGGCCGCCAAUGCACAGCAGAAGACGACUUUUGAGAAGUCUCAAAAGUCUGCACUGGUGUUCAUCUCCCCGACUGGUUUGGAUGCGAGGAGCAGGCCUGCAGAGGCCGCCAAUGCACAGCAGCAGCACCAUGCGCAUAGGCAUGGGCAGGGGGGCGGAGCAGCUAAUGCCAUGGGGGAUAUGGGCGAUGAGAUGGGGGAUGGUAUGGGGGAUGGUAUGGGGGAUGGUAUGGGGGAUGGUAUGGGGGAUGGUAUGGGGAAUGAUGUGGUGGGAGAGGAGGAUGGGGAGAUGAUGGACUCUGAUGGAAUGCAGAGGGCGGUUAGGCUGUGCGCUGGGGAUACAGAUGGUCCGAGCGGUGGGGGUGUUGGCAGUGGUGGCCCCAUGAGCGGAUGUGGGUACAGCAGCCCAUCUAAUGGGGAUAGCUGGAUGGCAGAGGCCAUGGAUAUGUGGCUGGAUGGCGCUCACGCCACACAUAUUAACCAUGCUGCGGUUCAAAGUGGUGGUGACGAGCUGCAGCAGGUGGUGCUGGCAGCACAGGGCGGCACAGGCCACAGCGUGGUCGUUGCUGCUACUGCCUGGCCAAGCAAUGAGGAGGAGGAGGAGGAGGAGGAGGAGGAGGAGGAGGAGGAGGAGGAGGAGGAGGAGGAGGAGGAGGAGGAGGAGGAGGAGGAGGAGGAGGAGGAGGAGGAGGAGGAGGAGGAGGAGGAGGAGGAGGAGGUGCAGCAGGAGGUACAAGAGUGA